CACCAGUUUCCCUAAAUCAGUCAUGUGGAUGUGUGCCUAUGAGAAUCCUCAGCCAUCUUUGGUCACGUGUUCAUGGCAGAACGAAUCAAACACCGAUACUGUGUUUCGAAGUGUUUUGUUCUUCUGACACGGACAAGAGUGACGUCAGUAACAUAGUUAUCAAUUGUUUGUAAGUGAUCAACUUUUUCUUUGACUCCUUUCAGUCAUUCUUUACACUGUAGUAGCGCCACAGAAACCAGUUUUACUAUUAUGUCUGGAACUGGAUUGAUCUACGAUGAGGAAAUGACUCGGUACAAACUUCUCUGGACUGAUCCAGUUUGUAAGAUCGAGGUUCCUGAGCGGUUAACAGUCAGCUAUGAUGCGCUGAAGUGCAAGGGUUUGGACAGGAGAUGUGUUGGUGUUCCCACUCGCCAAGCCACUGAUGAGGAAAUCCUGCUGGUUCACAGUAAAGAAUAUCUUGAAGCUGUGAAACAAACCCCGUACAUGACCUUGGAGGAUCUGCUCACCUUCACUCAGCAGUAUGGUGAUGUUUAUUUUCAUCCCAAUAUCUACCACUGUGCUAAGCUGGCUGUUGGUGCGGCACUGCAGCUAGUGGAUAACGUUAUGACUGGAAACGUGAGGAACGGGAUUGCGCUUGUGAGGCCCCCUGGUCAUCACAGCCAGCGGAGUGAAGCCAGUGGUUUCUGUGUGUUCAACAAUGUGGCCAUAGCUACCCUCUAUGCCAAGAAACACUACAACCUCAACAGGGUGUUAAUUGUGGAUUGGGAUAUUCAUCAUGGACAGGGAGUGCAGUACUGCUUUGAAGAGGAUUCCAGUGUACUGUAUUUCUCAUGGCAUCGCUAUGAGCACCAACGUUUCUGGCCCAACCUUGCUGUGUCUGACUACGACAGGGUGGGGAAGGGCAAAGGAUCUGGCUUUAACAUCAACCUGCCUUGGAAUAAGGUGGGAAUGUCCAACAGUGACUACCUCGCAGCUUUUUUCCAUAUUCUCCUGCCCAUCGCAUAUGAGUUUGAUCCUGAGCUGGUGUUUGUCUGUGCAGGGUUUGAUUCUGCCAUCGGAGAUCCAGAGGGUCACAUGUCUGCUUCUCCAGAGAUUUUUGGCCACCUUACCCACCUGCUGAUGUCUCUGGCUGGGGGCAGGUUGUGUGUUGUCUUGGAGGCAGGAUACAACCUGACGUCUCUUGCGCAGUCAGUUUGUCAGACUGUCCAAACUCUGCUUGGAGAUCCCACACCAGUGCUGAAUGAUGUUGGUCCACCGUGUCACAGUGCUCUGGAGUCUAUUCAUAAUGUUCGAGCUGCUCACCAGAGGAAGUGGGGCUGUCUCAAACACAUGGUCAGCCCUGUCUUGGAGCCAAGCACCAAGCGCUGCAGAGUGGAGGAGAAAGAUGAACAGCAGGAAGAGGAGACGAAUGAACAUCUUGUCUGGCCUGAACCUUUACCUAGAGAUGCACCUCCUGUGCACACGGCUGCACUGAUCCCUAAAGAACUGGAGGACUCGCUACCAGAGGCUUGUCAGCGCCUGGCUGAAAAAUCACCAAAGUACAUUGAGGAGGCAGAGAAAAUCAGGAAUAAACACUUUCAGGACGUGACUGAUGAGAAGUCCUUACAGUGCAUCCAGGAUGUUAUUUCACUUUUGGAGAAAGUUAAGAACAAAGAGGUUCGGAACGGCUUGGUCACAGUGCCUGAUGUGUUUAUAUCUCUGAAAUGUGCUGUGGAACAUGCCAAAAACUCACUGUCUGAGCGGAUUUUGUUGCUGUUUGUGGGGGAUGAUGACGUUCCAGUGGACACUACAGAUGGGUCAGUGCUUUUGGUGCAGAUCUGCAGAAAAGAGCCUGAAGGAGUGAAGUCUCUCUAUCAUGUGCCUGUGUGUCUCAACAAGGAUGUGUUCUCCAGUGCAAGUGUCAUGGCCGCAGUGUUGGGUCUGCUCCUGCCCUUAGCAUAUGAGUUCAAUCCAGGCCUAGUACUGCAGGUCGUGGAAGAGGGCAGUGGUGGGUUGGAGGUGCGUGUGUGGGCACAGCUCACCAGCCUGCUGCAGGGAGUAGCACAGGGCACAACACUCGCUCUGCUCAAGGGCUGUGAUAGAGACAUGGUGAAGGCUACAGGAGCCUCUCUUUCUGGGGCUUCUGCUCCAUCGCUCGGACCUCUGGAUCCUCCGCCGCCUGAGGAUGUGGAGGUUAUAGAGGCACAGAGGCAGAGAUUACAGCAACGAUGGGGUCUGCUCUUGAACACUGUUUCAGGAAGUGGCACAGACAGUCAGAACAGAUGAAGACUCCUCCUGCGGCCAUAUGUGAACUUCACCAGUAUCACUUCUAUAAGGAAAAGAAUAGAAGUCACCCAGUUAAUGCAGAGUGACAGAGUUGCUGUAUUUGUACUAAAUUGUUGUAUUUAGUGCUGGGUGCUCUGGGUGUGAACUGGCUUUAAAUGUGAGAGAAUGUAUGUUGUUGUUGUUAUUAAAACACACUAAUAUGUAUAGAUUUGACAGAUGAUGAAAUCCCCGAUUGCCACUUAAUGAAAAAUGUGAAGUAUGUCCUGAUUUAUUAAAAGAAAAUGUUUAAUAAAAGAAACCCCUGCCACUGUGAACAAUUACUUCAUUAAAUAUACUGAUUUAAAUCCUUAGAUUCUUAAACUGGGUCAAAAUUGACACAUUAAAUCUUUGACAGUGUUAAAUUCUAGUGGGAAAAAUGUCAUGUUCCAACUUGAAAAUGUAUUUCACACAUUAGGUUCAAGUCAUUUAAACAUCUGAGAAACUGUUUAAUAAAAAUAUUAAUCAGAAAUGCUAUUUUAUUUCCUAUCAUGUGACAUACACUGAUUUUGUCAAAAUAUCUGUCAUUUAA